AUGGAGAUAGAAGAAAUUGAAGUCCGGCAAGUUGAAGAACCAGUGCCGAGUCACGUCGCAUUAAUGGCUGGUGGAGUUGCUGGUACUUCUGUUGACAUAGCUUUGUUUCCCAUUGAUACAAUCAAAACACGCUUGCAAAGUGAAGCUGGUUUCUUUAAAUCUGGAGGAUUUCGAGGAAUUUAUUCUGGUUUAGGUUCAGCUGCCCUUGGAUCAGCUCCUACUGCUGCCAUAUUCUUCUAUACUUAUGAAGGACUGAAGAAGACCAUUGGUGGGGUUGUUUCUGAAAAAUACCACCCGUUUGUCCAUAUGCUAGCUGCAUCAGCUAGUGAAGUGACAGCAUGUGGUAUACGAGUGCCUGUGGAAGUGAUAAAACAAAGAGCACAGACAAAUAUACAGUUAUCAAGUGUACAAGUACUUAGAAUGACCAUACGUCAAGAGGUCUCUGCCAGUGUUAUCUGGGUCUCCAGGUUUCUGCCAGUGUUACCUGGGUCUCCAGGUCUCUGCCUGUGUUAUCUGGGUCUCCAGGUCUCUGCCUGUGUUAUCUGGGUCUCAAGGUCUCUGCCUGUGUUAUCUGGGUCUCCAGGUCUCUGCCUGUGUUAUCUGGGUCUCCAGGUCUCUGCCUGUGUUAUCUGGGUCUCCAGGUUUCUGCCAGUGUUACCUGGGUCUCCAGGUCUCUGCCUGUGUUAUCUGGGUCUCCAAGUCUCUGCAUGUGUUGUUUGGGUCUCCAGGUUUCUGCCUGUGUUGUUUGGGUCUCCAGGUCUCUGCCUGUGUUAUCUGGGUCUCCAGGUUUCUGCCAGUGUUACCUGGGUCUCCAGGUCUCUGCCUGUGUUAUCUGGGUCUCCAGGUCUCUGCCUGUGUUAUCUGGGUCUCCAGGUCUCUGCCUGUGUUAUCUGGGUCUCCAGGUCUCUGCCUGUGUUAUCUGGGUCUCCAGGUUUCUGCCUGUGUUAUCUGGGUCUCCAGGUCUCUGCCUGUGUUAUCUGGGUCUCCAGGUCUCUGCCAGUGUUAUCGGGGUCUCCAGGUCUCUGCCUGUGUUAUCUGGGUCUCCAGGUCUCUGCCUGUGUUAUCUGGAUCUCCAGGUUUCUGCCAGUGUUACCUGGGUGUCAGGUCUCUGCAUGUGUUGUUUGGGUCUCCAGGUCUCUGCAUGUGUUAUCUGGGUCUCCAGGUCUCUGCCAGUGUUACCUGGGUGUCAGGUCUCUGCAUGUGUUGUUUGGGUCUCCAGGUCUCUGCCUGUGUUAUCUGGGUCUCCAGGUCUCUGCCUGUGUUAUCUGGAUCUCCAGGUUUCUGCCAGUGUUACUUGGGUGUCAGGUCUCUGCAUGUGUUGUUUGGGUCUCCAGGUCUCUGCCUGUGUUAUCUGGAUCUCCAGGUUUCUGCCAGUGUUACCUGGGUGUCAGGUCUUGCAUGUGUUGUUUGGGUCUCCAGGUUUCUGCCAGUGUUACCUGGGUCUCCAGGUCUCUGCCUGUGUUAUCUGGAUCUCCAGGUUUCUGCCAGUGUUAUCUGGGUCUCCAGGUCUCUGCAUGUGUUAUUUGGGUCUCCAGGUUUCUGCCUGUGUUACCUGGGUCUCCAGGUCUCUGCCUGUGUUACCUGGGUCUCCAGGUCGCUGCCUGUGUUAUCUGGGUCUCCAGGUCUCUGCCUGUGUUAUCUGGGUCUCCAGGUCUCUGCAUGUGUUGUUUUGGUCUCCAGGUCUCUGCCUGUGUUAUCUGGGUCUCCAGGUCUCUGCCUGUGUUAUCUGGGUCUCCAGGUCUCUGCCUGUGUUAUCUGGGUCUCCAGGUCUCUGCCUGUGUUACCUGGGUCUCCAGGUCUCUGCCUGUGUUACCUGGGUCUCCAGGUCUCUGCCUGUGUUAUCUGGGUCUCCAGGUUUCUGCCAGUGUUACCUGGGUGUCAGGUCUCUGCAUGUGUUGUUUGGGUCUCCAGGUCUCUGCCAGUGUUACCUGGGUGUCAGGUCUCUGCAUGUGUUGUUUGGGUCUCCAGGUUUCUGCCAGUGUUACCUGGGUGUCAGGUCUCUGCAUGUGUUGUUUGGGUCUCCAGGUUUCUGCCAGUGUUACCUGGGUGUCAGGUCUCUGCCUGUGUUAUCUGGGUGUCAGGUCUCUGCCUGUGUUAUCUGGGUCUCCAGGUCUCUGCCUGUGUUAUCUGGGUCUCCAUGUUUCUGCCAGUGUUACCUGGGUGUCAGGUCUCUGCAUGUGUUGUUUGGGUCUCCAGGUUUCUGCCAGUGUUACCUGGGUGUCAGGUCUCUGCAUGUGUUGUUUGGGUCUCCAGGUCUCUGCCAGUGUUAUCUGGGUCUCCAGGUUUCUGCCAGUGGUACCUGGGUGUCAGAAAUAUUGGUCAAGAAAGAGAGGAAGACUAGUUACCCCAUGGGAGUCUGCAGUAUGUGGUGCUAUAGCAGGAGGAUUUUCUGCAGCCUUGACUACCCCAUUUGAUGUAGCAAAAACAAGAAUAAUGUUAGCAGAGCAAGGUUCCACAACUGCCAAGAGUAAUAUAUUUCAAGUGCUUCAAAAGGUGGGUCAGCGUGACGGUGUUCGUGGACUAUUUGCUGGCAUAGUGCCAAGAACUAUAUGGAUCAGCGUCGGUGGAUGCAUAUUCUUUGGAAUUUAUGAAAAGUCAAAAUCACUUUUACAGUAA